GUAGAGGCGGCCGCCGAGGAUCUCGCGAGAUGCGAGAUCCAAGAUGGCCGCCGGCCGCGAAUGCCGCCGACCGCGUGUGCACCCGUUCGCGGCCGCGGGUGGAAGGCGCGGCGGGAAAAAAUAAUAAAACUACCCGGUCCCCUUCUACCCGUCCCCACGAAGUCCCCGA